UAGCAAGCAGCAUGAUUGCUGGGAAAUGCCGUGGGUCUGGGAAUCCCUCUCGUGCCCUAUAUAAAAGACAGAGGAGAGGGCUUUACUCCUCACACUUUCACUACAGCUCCACUAGGACUUACUACUUUCUCUGAAAGCUCAGCAAACCACUGGAGCUGAUCUUUUUGUGCUUCUUAUUACACUAGCAAAUUAGUUAUGGCAUUUUUACCCAGAUCCCUUCUUCUGCUACUGCUUGCAGUAGUUUGUAUUCAACUGAGUGGAGUACUAGCUGAUGGACCUGACAGGUGCUGGUGUUUGAAACAUUUGAAUAAACGUCUCCCAAGAGAAGAAAUUGAAGAGUUCUCUAUUUUCCCCCGAAGAUCAAAGUGUGACAAGGUUGAAAUCAUAUUGACACUAAAACCUGUGAAUAAAUCAACUGAAGUCGUCCAGCGCUGCUUGAAUCCAGAAACAAAACAAGGAAUUAACCUGCAGGCUUGCUGGAACAAGAAGAACACCAGCAACAAUUCCACACUUAAGAUAUCCAACUGCUUCUAAAGCCAUAAAUGAAAGUGCAGAAGAGCACAGAAGGGGAGAUCUGGAAACUUUAGAGACCCUGUGAGUGGAAUGCCAUCCUGUCACAUGACCCCACACUAGCCAAUCAUAAUCCUGGGAUUUGGAUGUUGGCCUCAUGCAGCUGAUGGGAAAUCACAGAAGACCUGAAAACACCCGGAGCACUGCCAGUAACCGCCGGACGCAGAUGUUGUCUGCAAAAGCAUUUGGACUAGAAUUCACUUGCUGUAUGACUGAAGCACUGAAUGUACCAUUACUCCAAACAGUAUUUAAGUGACUAUAUUUAAAAGGUUUUAUAAUUUAACUUAUUUUAUAAUGUCAAAAGUUCAAAUGUGUUUUACAAUUUUUGUCUGACCAGGCCCAUUAAUGUUAUAUGUGAUGUGUUAGAACUGAUUGAGUCACAUUACAAUGUUUCUUUGACAUGAAAUAACACAUGAAAUGCAUUUUGAGGCUACCUAACACAAUAUUUUUUUAUAAUGUAGGCUACUUUUAUACAGUUUUGUAAUAAAAGCUAAUUUCAAGUUAUAGCACAUUUAUUUUCCAAAUCCAUUAUAUUUUCCUCUUGAUAUGAGUAUAUGUGUAUGAUUACAGUUCUUCUUGAUUGCUUAAACACA